ACCGCCUUGACACCCUUAGCCGUGGUUCUCCCAGCCGUGGGCCGAUUCUCAGCUUCAAAGUUUUGGUCAAACAUGCACAAAUAUAAGGCCACGUGGUAUACCGCAGUGCCGACAAUCCUUCAAAUCAUAUUGGAUUGGCACUUGGGUAACCCAGAAUCUGAAUACCCGAAGCUCAGGUUCAUCCGGAGCUAUAGCGCCUCGCUGGCGUCGGCCAUACUGAGCAGGCUGGAGGAGGUGUUCGAGGCUCUAGUACUGGAGGCUUACGCGAUGACAGAGGCAGCCCAUCUGAUGGCGUCGAACCCGCUACCGGAGGACGGCCCGCAUAUACCCAGGUCGGUGGGAAUUCUGGUUGGUCAUGAAAUGACGGUGUUGGAUGAGAAUAGGGUGGCUCAAGAGGUUGGGAUAAGCGGGGAGGUGUGUAUAAGGGGACCAAAUGUGGCCAUGGGUUACAAAAAUAACCCGGAGGCUAACAAGACCGCUUUUCGGUUCGGGGGGUUUCACACGGGCGAUCUCUGGUGCCUUGAUUCAAACAGGUAUUUGCAUCCUGUUGGUCGGAUCAAGGAGCUCAUUAAUCGUGGAGGGGAGAAAAUAUCACCGAUUGAGGUGGAUGCAGUACUUUUGUCUCAUCCUGAAAUUGCUCAAGGAGUUGCGUUCGAGGUCCCUGAUGACAAAUACGGCGAAGAGAUAAACUGUGCAAUCAUACGAAGAGAAGGAUCAGAGAUUGACGAGGCAGAGGUACUGAGAUUUUGCAAGAAGAGUCUUGCUGGCUUCAAAGUCUCGAAAAAGGUAUUUAUAACUGAUUCUCUCCCCAAGACGGCUACUGGGAAGAUCCAACGGCGUUUUGUAGUAGAGCACUUCCUUGCUCAAUUCUCUACCGCUAAAGUCCCCUAA